CGCCCACGACUCCCACGUUCCUGUCGAAGUUCUCCUUCGAAAGGAAUUAGAAAAUGCGGGAUGGAGAACCUAAUAAGGGGAAGGCAUCCCCCACAAUAUCAGAGAAGUCCUUGUAAAGAAGUUCGUGCAGCACUUCGGAAGAGGCCUGAAGAAGAGUUGCAGUGCCUGGAGAUGACCACCAAACGGAAAAUAAUCGGCCGCCUAGUGCCGUGCCGAUGUUUCCGAGGUGAAGAAGAAGUCAUCUCGGUUUUAGAUUACUCCCACUGCAGCCUUCAGCAGGUGCCAAAAGAGGUCUUCAACUUUGAGCGGACAUUAGAGGAGCUUUAUCUAGAUGCCAACCAAAUUGAAGAGCUACCCAAGGUAAUUUUUUUUUCAGGCUUUUUAAAGUCUUUCUUUAUUCCACAUGUGUGG